AUGUAUACCAAUCCUCAAUUUGUUACUCAAUCGACUUCGACUCAGGUUUCGGAAAUGCUCCAUAUGCAAGAUAAUGCAAGUAGCCUUACUGAGAGGAUCAAAAAUCGGAUUGACGAUACAGCGCCUUUCAAGAGAAAUGAAUUGGUACCACCCUUCAAACACGGCAAAGCAAAAAUAAUGACAGCAAUCAAUUAUCAUCUAUCUGCCUGUCUGAUCAGAAAAGUAAUGAGUACGACUAUGGAGGCCAUUUUCUGUUACCUUAACAACUCCACCGAAUUUACAAGAAAUAAUCGUACUAUUAGUACGGAAGUCUACGAAAACAGGUUUUGCCAUGGUAAAUUUGGCUGGCCUAAAAAUCGAGACAAAAAACCAAAUGUGCUAUUUGUUACUGUCCGCCAUCCCAUUCAAAGGUUUGUCAGUGGAUAUGUCGAAAAAUGUAUGAGAAAAGUUCGCGUGAUGAGGACAAUUUGCUUUGGUUGCAAAGAUGAUCUCCAAUGCUUCAUUAAAAAUUUGUACACUGCUCUCAAAGAAGUUUACGCAGGAUUGGAUGAUAAGUAUGAGUCUCACAAGAUAACGCUAAGCCAUUUCUCACCACAGAGUUGGAAUUGUCUCUUUUACGACCAUUUUGAUGACUAUAUCAUGCUCCACCAAGGCGAAAAUGCAGAAUCCAUUGCGGCCUAUGCGUCUGAACUUGACAAAGUUUUCAAAAGCGUUGAUGUUCCCAGUGAUAGAAGAAAAGAGAUCUGUUCGCAAUUACUCGGUAAGCGAAUGUUUGCAAUAAAUAACUUGGCUGUAGAAUAA